AUGACUACUACUCCCAUAUCUUUACCUGAUGGUUAUUCAUUCAGAAAAUUGAAAUCAUCAGAUUAUGAAAAUAAUUAUCUUGAAACAUUGAAAGUUUUAACUACAGUUGGAGAAAUUAAACAAUCUGAAUUUGAAGAAUUGAUAUGUCAUUGGGAAUCUUUACCUGAUAUAUAUCACCCAAGAGUAAUAACAAAUAAUUCGGGUUUAAUAGUAGGUACUGGGAUGUUAUUCAUAGAGAGAAAAGCAAUUCAUGAAUGUGGUAAAGUUGGACAUAUUGAAGAUAUAUCGGUAUUUGAAAGUGAACAAGGUAAAAAAAUUGGUAAUUUUAUGGUUUGUUCAUUAGCUAAAAUUGCAAAAGAGAAAGGAUGUUAUAAAGUAAUAUUAGAUUGUGAUGUUAAAAACAUUGGAUUUUAUGAAAAAUGUGGAUUUAAAAAUAGUGGUAUUGAAAUGGUACAAAGAUUUGAUAAAUAG